AUGUUCAGAAAGUCAAAGUCAUUAAUCCGUUCAAAAGCAGGUAAGUCGAAAGGAACAAUUAUUGAUAUUCCUGGAAAACAAAUAGGACCGACUCCAAUUAUAAUACCACAGUCUUCGAAUUCACUGGAGACAAAUAGUAGUAAUAAAGAUGUAAGAGGAGGUGAAAAUGAAAAGAGACAAUCAAUUCCUAUCAUUUCAACAGCUUCACGAAAUCAAGAAAAUAAUGAUUCAACUAUCUCUGUUAUGGAAACUCGGUCACAAGAUAUAAAGGAUAGCGCAAUACCUUCUACUCAAUAUGAAACGAAUUCAGAUGUUAUUGUAAUAAACGAGGAAGGGAGUACAAUUGAUGUUGUCAGUCAAGCAUCGCAAGAUAUUUUGAUGGAUGAUUCUCAAUUUAUGUUACAAGCAAAAACGCGUUCUAGUGUGGAACAAUCUAAAUCUUCCGAGGACAAAACGCAAAGACGUUCUCUUCAAAAAUUUCCUACAAGUCCGAAAAUUAUCCUUUCAUUUACCAAUGAUUCGGUGGUUAAAUCAUCCUCUUCCUCAAAUUCCAACACUUCUCACAAAAGUGUUAUUGAAUCACAGAGUGCUCGACAAGAUGAUGCAGCAACUUCCCAACAUACGAAUGUAGAAGAAUCUGAUGUUGCAACAGAAGAUUCAUCAGUCCGAUCAAGACAACGUAAAGCACCCAAUUCUCGUAGUAAGAAACGAACGAGAUCAAAUAAUGAUGAUGAACAUUCCGAAGAUUCAACAUUAGCAACAUCAUCAUCAUCGAAACAAUCAAAACGUCGUAAACGUUCUAGUUCUGUUACAUCCAUAACAUCUUCAACUAAUACUGAUGGUAGUUCUACAAAAAGUAAUUCUACAGCUACCGGUAAAAAACGACGAAGUAAACCACGCAAACCACGUUCCACUACUCGUAAACAACAAACCAAUAAAAGUCGGGCGAAACCUUGGGAAGAUGGUCCCGAAGAUGAGAAUCCACUUGAUGAUUCAACAGUUACAAUGGCUGAAUUAUGUAAAGAUUUAAAAAGAGGUCGUAAAUCUAAUACUUAUAAAGAAUUAGAAUAUGCUAAAUAUCAAAAAUCGCAACAAAAGCGUAGACAACGUGACAAUGCCUAA